AAGAUAGAACGACAUACGUACAAAUUACGAUGAAAUGAACGACAGUUUUGCUUGGCAAUGUGUGAAUUCUUCCGUUCGUUAUAAUAUUUUUGGACAGAUUAGUUACAUUGUUGGCAUUAAUGGACAAACAAAAUUGGUCAUAACACAAAUAUAAAUCUAUAUUAAAAAAACAAAUUGCCUUCAAUCACAGAAAAGAACAAAACGUGCGAUAUGGAGGAGAACUCCGAACUACAAAUAGAAACCGACGUAUCUGCAUCUUCAGGAAACGUAUCUGACACUCAGCAAAUGUCAGGAUCACAUGGCGAUGUUGAGAUGGUCAUUGUUGUGGAGAAGGUUACAGAGGAAGCUGAAUUGCCAGAAGUUAAGAUAAGUGAUAGUGAAUCUUAUCAAUGUUCAAAAGAUUCAUCUAAAAAAGAUAUACCAACACAGAAAUGUGUUAGCUCUCCUAGUGAUGAAGCCCAGAUAAUAAAUAUCAGUCAUGAGAAUGAGAAUGAUACUCAGAAAACAGUUGUUUCUCCUUGCAAAGACCCGAUAAUAACAGAGGAAAAACAAACAGACCAAUUGCAGGAAACAAUAAGUACCCCUAAUAAAGAUUUAGAUCAAAAGAAACAAACAACAACAACUAUUACUUCAGAUAAUAAUGAUAUACAAAUAAUAAAUGUCAGUGAAGUUAACCCACCAGAGAAAAUAAUAAAUAAAGAUCAAAAGAUACUAGUAGAAAAAAAAUCCACUUCUGUUUGUAAAGAUAUUCAGAUAAUAGAUAUCAGUCUCAAGAACCAAACUCAGAAACUUGUGGUCUCUCCUAGUAAGAGUAUACAAAUUAUAGAUGUAAAGGGUCAAACAUCAAAAAUGAUUGUUUCUCCUUUAAAAGAUGUAAAUCAAAAGAACCAAACUCAGAAACUUGUAAUAUCUCCUAUUAAAGAUGCACAAACACCGGAACAGGAAAUAGAAAAAAAUGAUAAAACAUCAAAUAAUCCACCUGUCAUAUCAUUAAACUUGCAAAAUACUACAGAAACCAUAGAGCAUAAAAAGACCAAGUCAAAUUCAGAAGAAAAACUUGGAGUUGAGAUUGAAAGUUCAACUUCCAUCACUCCUCAAACAGAUUCAAACCUGUCUCCUACUCAAGAAUCUGUAGUUGAUGCUGAAACCAAUAAUGACAAACCUGAAAACCCUAAUAUUAAUGAUGAUAAAAAGGAAGAAAUAGUCUUAAAUACAUCCAUCGAUGUAUGUGAGAAAUCUAAUGAUUCUCAAACAAAUUCUGACAUUACUGAAAAGGAACAUAACAAAAGUAUUAGUAGAGAACUCAAGUCUCUAAUUAAAUCUGCUAAAGAAUCAAAGAUUAUUAGUGAAUGUACUCAGCUCACAAGUAAAACAAGAAAGUCCAGAAUAAUAUUAGACAGUUCUAAUAUAAGCUUGAAUUCCUCUGUAGAAGCAGAUAAAAUACAGGGGAUAAGACGUAGUAGCAACAAUUCUCAAAAAAGCAAUUGUAGUGAAAAGUCUGAAAAGGCACCAAAAAGGUCGAUGAGGUCACAGAAUCCAGAAUUUGUAAAUAAAGUUAAGCAAUUCCUGAAUUCUGUUACUGGAAAGUUUCAAAAGGGAGAAUCUGAUGAUGAGAUUGAUGAAAAUAAAAAAGAAAGUCACUGUGAGAACAUGUCACCAUCCCCUAAGAAGAAAAAGUUAGAAGUUCCCCAGCCUGAAAUGAGCCCAGGACUUAACAAACUUCGCUCAGACUCUUAUUGUUGGCGGUGCCACUGGGCUGUGGAACAAUCCAAUGACAAAGGGCAUUCACCGAUGCAGUGCACAGUGUGCCCACGUGCAUUCCAUUACAAAUGUCUAUCAGGCAAUGAAAGAAGUAAAAUUACAUCAGACAAGAGUUGGGUCUGUCCUGAAUGUUUGGCUGUCUUACACGCAGAAAGCCCAGAGACAAGGUCACCAGCCAUGAAGAAGAUUUCAUUAGGUCUCCUUUGUGAACUGUUACAGCAUGCGUUGGAGCGAAUGAUGGAUCUCAAUGGGGUUGAACCAUUCAUAAAUCCGGUGGAUCGUUUGGCGUUCCCCGACUACGAUAAAUACGUCGUACAUCCGAUGGAUCUCACGCUUAUGAAGAAUAACAUUGCUGAGGGUCUUUACGGUAGCACCGAAGCCUUCCUGGCAGACGCGCAAUGGAUAUUACAUAACAGCAUCAUAUUCAAUACACUACAAUCGAAACUGACGGGCGGCGCGCGUGCCCUGGUGCGCUCCUGUCGAGCGGAGAUGGGGGAAAUAGAAGCGUGUCCGGAGUGUUACGCGGCGGCGCAUGCGCGGCGACCCACCUGGUUCACUGACGUCUGCUCCACCCCCCAUGUCCUACUGUGGGCUAAGCUAAAAGGUUUUCCCUACUGGCCGGCAAAGGGUAUGUCAGUGAGCAGCGCGGGUUUAGUCGACGUACGAUUUUUUGGCGCUCACGAUAGGGCUUGGGUGCCUGCGCGCGACUGUUUCCUGUACUGCGAGAAAGAUCCUAACAACUUCAGAACUAAACGACAGGACAUACUUGACAGUAUGCAGGAAGCGGAGCAACACAUUCGUAAUAUAUCUCGGAAAUACGGCAAAUUCCUGUAUCCUCCGUUUAAGACACAGUUUGAUCCUACGAAACUCACCGAACAACUGAAAAUGAUGAUACCAACAUUUGAAGGUGAAUUGCGAAGUCCAGUCAAAGAAAAGUCGAAUUCGUCACCGAACCCCGCCAAAGAGAAGAGAAGGUCCAAUUCAAAGAGCUCAAAGGGUUCUGUUAAUGAAGGUGAUAUAAGUGAAAAUGAUGAACCACAAGCAACUACAUCUCGGAAAAUGGCAGACGGAGCAGAAAUUGCCCGUGAAGAAGGUGAAGAAGACUACUGUAUUGAAAAAGAUAAAUCCAUGGAAAUUGAUGUUUGCUUACCGAAAGAAAGAGAGAUAUCAAGGAAACGACGUAGGUCGGAUCUGGAGGAAGCUGUUAUCACAAUAAUCGAAAGUAGCAAUAGUGAGAAAAGGAAAAAAGUUGAUAUUGACAAAAUUGAUGAUAAACUUGACCCCGUAUCUUUAAAUAAAAUAGAAAAAAAUCAAGUAGAUGUAACCAAGACUGAAGAAGAUAAAACAAUUGAAAUGCCAAACGAUAAAGUGGAAGUAGUGCUUUUGUUAUCUAAGAACAAUGUUAAAGAAUCAACGACUAGUACAGCAGAAAAAGAAUCUCCAGCCGAAAAAACUCCCGCUAAAAUAAACAUUAAAAUUAAACCAACUAGAAUGAGUAUUCCGAAAGAAAAGGAGGAAAAACCAUCAACACCAAAGCAGAGGCCUGUGAGAUCAGAAAAAUCAAAUCCAGUUGAAAAAGAAAAGCAAGAGACUAAAGCCCAAAAACGGAGAAAUUCAAAAAAUAAAUGUUUCAACAAUAGUCAAACUGGGAAGAUCGAAAGGGAAAAGGCUACCGAGAAAAAAAGCGAUAAAGACAAUAGUAAUACAAAAGAUAAAAGCAAAGAUAUUAUAAUCACAAGGGUUAAAGGUAAUGAAACUGAUAAAUCUUCAGAAAAACCUAAUAAAUCUAAUGUAACAUCAGACAGUUCAAAAUCUACAAAAGAACCAUCGCAUUUUGACGACAACACAACCUUAGCAGUGAUAGCUCGAGAAGGUUCAAAAACUACAAUUUCAGGUCUACCAACAAUAAGUAGUGUUCGUAGCCUUUCAACAACACAAAAUUCUGACACAAGUAAUAAAGCAGCGACCAACAAUAAAAACAUAGAAACAGUUACAGCUAAUUCCGAUUCAAGUAUAUUUAUACCAACAAGUACAGACAAUGUUCGUAAUAUGAAGGAAGCGGUGAAUAAACUUCAGAAGCUAAGGAAUGAGGCAGAACCGCCUUUAGUGGGUAGGGUCGGCGUUCGAGCCUUCGCUAGAAUGACUUCUACUCCCGAAAAACAAACAAACAAUAAACCCACUGAAAGUGUAGAAGUUGAAAUCAAAUCUGAACCAAUCGACUUUGAUGAUGCAGAUAGGCAGUCGGAGAAAUUGGACUUAAUGAAUGCAUUCCACCUCCGUCCGGUAAACCCACCUAGCUCCGGUUUGCGAGGAGUACGAAUAAAUAAGGUUGUCGUAGCACCUAUUGCCCGGAAGUCAACUGUAUCGAAACCUACAGAAGCCCGGGUCAAAGCUAAGAAAACCUUUCCACAGCCAAAGAAAGUUGAUGAUGGCAGGUCAGAAUUGAAUAGUAAAAAUUCAAUGGUUUAUAUUCCUAUACAGCCACCCAGCACUCAAGCCCCUGUUAGGCCAACACGACCCAUAACUGUAAAUGGAACAGCGAACAUGCAGGCUAUUAGGCCUCAAGUAUCAACAGUCACUAGUAAUGUUAACAGCAUCGUCAACACUAUGACAACUCCACUGAUUCCUAUGACGUCAUCACACUCCAACCUGAUCUCUACGUCCACCGUCGCAGCGAACACCACGAACACGAUCUGCGUGCCCACCGUCGGACAAAUCCCCACCACCGUGCACACUGUACCACUGAUAACUUCUGUUAAUGGGCAGUGGACAUUUAGUUUACAGCCUGUAAUGUCAGUUGGUGGCCUUGAUGGUACUGCAUCACCACCGGUAGUCAAUGGUUUGGCAGACCGCAAUAAUUCAGCAACUGUGACCCCAUUAGCAACCGCAUCCAUCUCGCAACCAGCUACUACGCUCAACGCAUCCACGCAACCCACAAUUAACACACACUCAACACAACCUUCUGUUAGUACCACUAGUAAUGAAAGCACUCCAGGAGAGCCUCCACGACUGCAGCAGCGACCGCCGCUUCUCAACCCUCUUGAUUCAAACACACCAAUUGGAUCUGUGCCGCCUCCGUCCACGGCUGGGCCGCUCACCGCUAAAUUAAACCAAAACGCAGUCAAGUUGGCAGAUUUCUUCCGAAAUCUUUUAGAAGACUCGUUAGAGAAGGUAGAUGAGCCAACGUCACAGGCAACGAUUCUCAAGUUACAGCUGGAACAAAUGCAGUGGAGGUAUCAACAAGAGAUUAAGGAGUUAAAACAUAACCAUGAUCUCACCGUCACCGAAAUGCGGGCAUCGUUUGAGAAGGAGAAAUCGCGGGCGAUCAGCGAGGCGCGACGCACCGCGCAAGUUGAAUUGGAAACUGCAGUCAAGGCUGCUAAAUCGAAGCAGUGGUGCGCUAAUUGUAGUCAAGAAGCACUGUUCUACUGUUGUUGGAACACAUCAUACUGUGAUUAUCCUUGCCAGCGAGCUCAUUGGAGCCAGCACUAUGCUGUCUGUACACAGCAGAAAAAUCAGGAAAAUAAUGGCAAUGACACUGGGAAUUUAUUAGAGAAAAGACUACAACCAGCUCCUGAUAAUCUGCCAGCGUUGCAGAAAAGCUCCCAGACGCCGGCGCUAACGGUGGGCGGGAAACUCGCCCACACACGCGUCUACGCGCAGGAUACACAGUCACAGAAGACUUCCAUCAUAGUAAGUAUGGUUGAGGACCAGAGCGGCAACCAGACGGUGAAAUGCCUGGGCACAUACAAGCCAACUGGCGCACAGGUAUCGCCGUUAAUCAUAAAUAAACAAAUAAUGAACAACGAAGAAAAUGCUUCGAAAAAAGUGGUGACGUCAGGCGGAUAUCUCAUCGUAGGAGCGGGUACGGGCAACCAGCCCCUCGUAACGCCAUCGCGACGCACGCACACCAUUCAGUACUAUACGUGAAAUGAUUAAAGCAUUCGUAUUACAAAUUCAGACUCAUCUAUUAAUUGUGAUUAAUGCACAUUAUAAAUAUAUUGCAAGAAUAAGAUAAUGGUAAUAUGAACAAUUCGUGGUCAAUCCGACCGGUUACGUUGGAGACGAAUUUUAUUUUGUGUUCAAAUUUAAUGUUGUUAAAAGUGGUCGAUUGUGUUAUCUGUGCUGCCAUGACGGAAUGUAACGUUAGUUAAUUUGUAUUAAUUUCAAAUUGUGAAUGAAAAAAUAUUGAGAGAAUAUAAACAGUUAGUACUUUAGUGAAACUAUGUUAUGAUGUAAAGAUAUAUUUUGUAAAUUCUAUUAAUAUUUACAAUUAAAAAAAUGGAAAAGUUGGGACAAGAAAGAUUAUUUUAUAUUUUUUUCACGUUACAUUGAUUUGGUCAAGGAAUUAUUGUUAGAUUAAAAAAUAUCUUUUAUAUACUUCUUUUUCUUUUUUACAGCAUCUCUAAAAUGAUAUGGCACUUUAAAUUUUG